UCUCUAAUUUGAGCUUCAGAUGCUCUGACAUGAGUUCUCAACGAAGCUAACAUCAAACUGAAUCGGGUCUAGAGAGAGAGAGAGAGAGAGAGAGUGAAACGAUGCAGAAUCUUCGAAUCAUCUCGUCUCACUUGUCACGAGGUUUUAAAUCCAUCAAGACACAACCAAGUUCUUUUCAAUUGAUCUCGAUCCAAUCUCGGAGCUACUCAUCGUCGGAGAACGUCUCCAAAAUCGUGAAUGAGCUAUCGAAUCUCACUCUUUUGGAAACAAUGGACCUGACUGAGAUCCUUAGGCAGAAGCUAGACGUCAGUGAGAUGCCUGUGAUGGCGGCGAUGAUGAUGCCAGGGAUGUCUCUCCCGGGAUCUGGAGCCGGUAAAUCCUCCGCCGCCGGAGAUGGAACAGAGAAGAAGAAGGAAGCAAAGACUGCGUUCGAUGUGAUGCUUCAAGCGUACGAAGCAGCCGGGAAGAUCAAGGUGAUUAAAGAAGUGAGAGCGAUUACGAAUUUGGGGUUGAAAGAAGCCAAAGAUUUGGUUGAGAAAGCUCCAACAUUGCUGAAGAAAGGAGUUAGUAAGGAAGAAGCAGAGAAGAUCGUUGAGAAGUUGAAGGCUGUGGGAGCUAAAGUUGCUAUGGAGUGACCAUUGUUAGGUGUUAUUAAAACUGGAGCAUGACAUGGAACAACUGAAGCUUCUGAGUUCUGAUGAGUAGUCCUUCCAAGUGUUUAUUACAAAUGUAACAUGUCAUGGAAAGUCAUUAGCAGGUAGGAACAGAUUUUUGUCUUCAAUCAAAUAUACACGAAGGCUUGUUGUUAGAAGCAAAGUUCUCUCCUUUGGAUUAAAUCAUUCUCUCAGUUCUUGGUUUGUACUAACAGUUGUUGAUGAUCUCUUCUUGACAAAAGAUGAGGCCAUUUCUCUCGUUUAAUAAUUGAAUCAUGUUAUUUCCAAACUUUCAA